AUGAGUAAUUUAUUGUAAUUUUUGUACCAGAAAUGGAAUUCAAUCAAUAAAGGACAAAAAGACUGAUUGAUGUUCCUGUAGACCCGAUUGUCAUAGCAACAAUACACUUUGUUAAUGGACGUCAAUUUUUUCUUUUCCAACCGUUUCAAAGUUUGUUUAUUUACAAUGAUGAGCGGUACAACACGGACGGGUCUCGUUCCAACUCCUAAAAGACAUAUAAAAUUUUUAAAAAGGCGUAAGAAUUAUCAUGCUGAUGAUUCGCGGAUGCUUAAAUUUGAGGCGUUACCCAUGCCACUUUCGCUGCGUCCCUUCGGCGGACUGUUCAAUCCCUUUGCCAAGGGCUGCUCUGUGCUGUGCAACCAUCCAGCUCCAUCUGGUGUAAAGGAUGUCAUAAAUCAAUUCAAAACAUCUCUGGCUAUCGAAGGAAAAAAUCCACAGUGUGGCAAGGAUAAGACAGGGAAAGUGUCUCAUGAAGACCAGCUCGAGCCGCAUGAAGCGGACAACAUACCCGAAGACCUAUUCCGUCGUUAUGCUGAGACGGAUUCACGUCCAAUGACGCCAACUCCUACGGUGACCAGUAUCCACACAAGGACCAGUGUUGGCUCCUUUUACCGUCGUUGCAUCACUCCCGAAUGGGGCAAGCACGAGAACAUCAAGAGGAAAAAAAUCAUAUUGGAUCUCAGACGAUCGCACUCCCAGGAAACGCUAUACUGGAAGCCCAGCUCGGAGCUCACCCAGAGCGGCUUGGAGGAGGAUAAAAAGCCUAAAAGUGCCGGGGCUAAUGCCAAUGCCAACGAGGACAAGAAGCCCAUGAGACAGCAGUCCAAUGAGCUGCGACCCAAGUCAUCUCUAGCCACUGUCAACCUAGCACCAGGAGCAGAUCACAUUCGUAGGCUGGACGACGAGACCAAGACCUGUAUCAAUGAACACGAACUGAGCGAUGAAGAUGUGCGCAGGGGCAAAAAACGAAAAAAGUUAAAGCCAACUCAAGCAGCCACCACCACUUUUCACUUGAGCGAGGAUCCGGAGACACAAGUAGCCGCCCUGGGACCAGACUCACUCAAUGCCAGCACUAGACCUAGUCUGAUACCCAAUUCGGUCAGUCUGCUGACAAAGGAUAAACGAGACAGUGAACGGGCACCCAUCCUCUUGAAGGGAAGUUUUCUCACAGACGAAGCCUUUCAGGCCCUGAAAACCGAUUUGGAUGUCGAUUUGAUAGAGAAUACUUUUGGCAGAUAUCUUAAUCGUGCUCUCAGAGAAGCCAUCAAGUAUAUGCCACCCAAACACAAGAUUGUGCAAAAGGACACUGAGGAUAAUCACUCCACUGAGAGUACGUCUAAGAUGCCACGCAAGUUCUCCAAGUCGGCCACAAGGUUUGAUGUGCCCAUGGAUCUGUCCAUGAUAAACGGUCGGUUCGAGAUACUUUUGAACUCAACUCCAUCUAACUCCAUCCAUCUUGUCUCUUCCGCAGCGAUGACCCCAUGGGAUUACUUGAGCAAAUAUGUGUGGGUCUCUCAGCAGCGCAAGCAGCUCUACAAGCGCGUCUUUCUUAAGUAUUUGAGCCGUUGCGAAGGGCCAGAGAUCGUUGAUGAGCUGGCUCUGCCGGAAUAUAAGUACAAGGAGCGCACACUACUCUGGCAGAGCUUGCCACAAGCUCUUGAGGACGUUCUAGAGUUUCACGGCACCGAGCAAAAUGUUCGUAAUACUCUCAAUAUGCUGGGGUAUGGGUGUGAGCAGAAUGGGAAUGUUGACUUGGACUUUCGUACCUGGUGCGGCAUUGUGUCGUUUGCUGAACGGUUGGCGUUGGCCGAUGAGUCAGGAUCGGAUGAUUCAUGCGAUGAAUUGGAAAAGGCGGACUUUAACAGUAUGGAACAGAUAAUGAACCUGUUCAAUGUGCCAGAAAAAUUGCGUAAAAUCUUUAGUGUAAUUCGCAAAACGCAUAAAAUAAAAUAUUAAAUUUAACAGUCAGAA